AUGGAACAAAAAAUUAAGCCAAGCUCAUUUAUUAAAAUUUUUGCGUUUAUUUUUUUAACUUGGAUAUCUCAUUUUAACGAUGAUAUAAUCACGUUUAACAAACUCUCGAAUGAAAACUAUAGCAUUAGUAAAAAGAUAGGUGCACGAAGUUAUCGUUUACUAGCUAAAUACAAACAACAUAAGAAUUCAUAUUAUACAGAACUAAGAGAUGAUAUACCAAACAAUAGAGAUUGCAAAAAUAAAGAUAUAUCUAAUUACGAAAAAGGAUCCAAAAAAAAAAACAGACAAUCUAUUCGAAGUUCGUUAAAUAAGGCACAAUACUAUACAGAAAUUAUGGAUUAUAAUAAUGGGAUGUUUGAUGGGAAACAUUUUCAUUUUGAAAAAAAAUUGAUCAAAAAAAAACAUUAUGAUGAUUUAUUGGAAAAGAAUAGGAGAAUUUGUAACAUGGCUUUAAAAAAAAUAAAAUUUAGAAGUUACGGAUUUGGAGUUACUACGUUUUUUCUUUUUUUCGUGUUAGGAAUAGGAAUACCGAUAAUAAAAGGACUAGAAUCAGUGGACAAUAUUUUAGAUGUAAAACCAAUUAAGCAAGUUUGUGAACUUAUAAAGAAAAUACCUGGUCUCACAAACUUAGAUGAUAUAUAUAUAUAUUUAAUAUUUUUUAGCGUGAUUAUUAUUAUAUUAACAAUCAUACUUCUAAUAGCGAUUCCUAAGAUAUUAAGCAAUAAUGAGAAAUAUAAAAAAAUUAAGUUGAUAUCUCAAUUAAAUGAAUAA